AUGGGGAUCUUGACGAAAAUUAGUGUUUAUGAAUGUCUCCUUCUACUUGGCAUAUAUUCAUUUGGUCUUUUUAUAUUUAUGAGUGGUCUACUGCCGAAUGACCCAGCUACAAAAGUUGACAAAAUUGGGGAUAUAGAAGAAACAUAUAAGAUUGAUAAAUUUGUCAUGAUCGUAGUUGAUGCAUUAAGAGUAGACUUUUUGUUUUCACCAAAGUACUCAGAAAAUUGGGUCAAACUUCGUUCGUAUAUGAACCUCAAGUCGGCCACAUGUUCUGCUUCAAUUGUUCAACCCCCUACUGUGACACUACCGCGAAUAAAGGCGAUCGUCUCAGGGAGAAAUCCGAAGUUUGUUGAUAUUUUGCACAACGUAAAUGCAGAAACUAUGGUUGAUGAUAAUUGGGUAACUCGUUUGGUAAAUCAUCAAUGGAAAAUUCAAUUUUAUGGGGAUGAUACUUGGAUAAAGCUUUUUCCUAAAAGCUUUCAGGCCUAUGAAGGCACAAAUUCUUUCUACGUUAAUGACUUCUAUGAAGUAGAUGAAAAUGUAACACGUCAUAUCUCGACAUUGAUGACUACACCCGAUACAUGGGAUGGUCUUAUUUUGCAUUAUUUGGGGUUGGAUCAUAUUGGACACAUUGAAGGACCUAAGGGAUCUAGCAUCCCUAAAAAAAUUCGUGAAAUGGAUGAAGUUAUUCACAGCAUACUUGAAGUAUUGAUGAACUCUUCAUCAAUUAUCAAUAAAAAUUGGUUAUUUAUUUUAACAGGCGAUCAUGGAAUGAGUGAUAAAGGCAGUCAUGGAGGCUCUACAACUGGUGAAAAAACAACUGGCCUUUUUAUGCUUGGAUCUAACUGGAAUAAAACAAAUGAUCACUUAACUGAGAACACAUGUGUAACAACAAAUCUAAAACAGUUGCCACAAACGCAACAAGUUGAUUUAGCCACAUUAAUCGGAUUAAUUACGGGAGUUGGUAUACCAGAGAGAAGUUUAGGCGUUCUAUCAUCUUCAUGGUUGUAUAAUUUCUGGUCAACAAAUUAUGAUCGAUUAAAAGUGCUAUAUAUGUUAAUGCAACAAAUUGGUCGUUUAUCUGGUGAAUGUGUAUUUUCAUUGAAGUCAUAUCAUAAAUUUGAGUAUAAAAAUUGUAUGUCAAGUGUAUGGAGUCAAGAACGAACUACGGAAUAUAACAUUUUGCUAAAUGGAAUUAUCACUUGGUUACAUUGCCAAAACACUCAAGGAAAUUCAACUAAUGAAUUCAAGCAAAUUGAUUGUGUAAAAUCGGGUUCUCGUUUAAAAGGUGAAAAACUAAUUACUGAUACAGUUAACCUACUUAACGGUAUACAAUCAGAAUCUUUGUCAAAAGUUGAACAUUUAAAUAAUAAAAAAAUGAUAUUUGGCGGUAUUUUAAUGUGGAUUGUUACCUUAUUGCUGUUUCACAAGAUUCUCAAUUCAGUUAUUUACUCUUCCGAUACCAAAAAUCCUUUGACAAACAGGAAAGUAAGUAAUAUGCGUUCAGUUAUUUCAAUUUUACCUUCAGUGAAAUAUGAAGAUGCUAUACAAUCAGCUCGAAUUGUUUACUUGUUAUGCUUAGUAGAUGCAUUUUGUUUGUAUAAAUCAAGAAGUAUACGUUUAAAUAAAAAUGCUAAUCGUUUAUUUGGUCAAACAUCCGCAAAUUCACCAAAAACAUUUUGGGAUUCAAUUGUUCAUCCGUUAUGUACAUUAAAUAUACUUGUGUGUUUACUUGGUAAACCUGUGAUUACAAUUCUAUGGCUUAGUAUAUGGAUUAAAGAAGCGUUAACAUCCGAAAUGAUACAAGUAAUAUUUCAUUAUUCGGGUAUUCAUUCAUCGCAUAAUACAUUUCGUUAUAUUUUGCCAUUCUGUUCAUGGCUUAUCUACUGGACUCAAGGCUGGGUGAGCUUUUUCCAACAAGGGAAUUCCUUGAGCUUUUCUACCAUCGAUCUAUCUGCAGCGUAUGUUGGUCUUCGAUAUCAUCAACCAAUAAUAGCCGGUCUACUUUUAGCCUUUUACACUUACUCUGGACCAUUAAUAUGGCAGUUAGCCUAUUUUUGUCGAUUUGUUUUAUCUAGAUAUAAACAUUUUGGUGAAAAGUUUAAUUGUCUUGUAUUAGGUUUUAUUGUAUUGCCUAUUACGUUAUGUGGCACAUUUUGUUUCUUUCUACAAUCACAUUUAUUUAUUUGGACAGUUUUUGCACCGAAGAUGUUGUAUUCUGCUGUAUUAUAUUUAACUAUGGUUCCUGUUUUAUGUAUUUGGUCUGUGAUAACCCCAUAA